AUGAGAAAAAGCCUUCUAACUGAAACACCCAUUGUGCCUGCACAUCAAGAUUCCCAUCUAGAAUAUUUAGAAAGUGAUGUUACUCACCUCCAUGCUUUUCUGUCUGGCAGUGUGUCACUUGUCUUGGACAAAGGGACCUCUGAUUCUCUGCUGCGAUCAGGAAGUGAACAGGCUCAAAAACUGGUGUUGGAAUCCCUACGGGUUCUGAAGAAAGGGGGAAAACUGGUUCAAUUCACUGAUGAGGAUCCAGAUGCCAGACUUCCUUUUUGGAAAAACUUGGAGCCCAACCAAAUGUGA